CUCUGACUUUCAUACAAAAAAAAAAAACUUAACUGUGUGUUUUUUGUGACUAUGUGUGUGUAAGUCAGAAAUAGAAAAAACUGAAAGAUGCUGACAUCACUCACACUCUUCUUCUUCCUCAUUGUUUUCAUUACAUCUUUCACACCUUCUCACCAAGCACCAUAUGCUUUAAGAAUUAGUUGUGGAGCUCGAAAUGAUGUUCACACUGCACCAACGAAUACGCUUUGGUAUAGAGAUUUUGGAUAUAGUGGAGGGUACUUUACUAACGCGACCCGUCCAAGUUUUAUCACUCCUCGACUUUCUACACUUCGUUAUUUUCCUUUGUCUGAGGGUCCUGAAAAUUGCUAUCAUAUAGAUAGGGUGCCUCAUGGACACUAUUCUGUUAGGGUCUUUUUUGGGUUGGUUAGAGAUCCUACUUUUGAUAACGAGCCUCUGUUUGAUGUAUCUGUGGAAGGAACGUUAGUUUACUCGUUGUCUUCGGGUUGGAGUAACCAUGAUGAUGAGCAGGCUUUUGUUGAGGCACUUGUGUUUCUUGAUGAUGGGACAGCCUCUAUUUGUUUCCACAGCACGGGUCACGGAGAUCCAGCUGUGCUUUCGAUUGAAAUUCUUCAAGUUGGGAAUAAUGCGUACAACUUUGGACCUAGGUGGGGUAAAGGAACGGUUUUAAGAACUCAUAAAAGACUAAGUUGUGGAGCUAUGAAGCCGAAAUUUGAUGUCGAUUACAGUGGGAAUCACUGGGGCGGAGACAGGUUCUGGAAUUCCAUUACUACUUUUGGCCAGAGUUCUGAUAAAGCUAUAACCACAACAAAGAGCAUCAAGUUAUCGCCCAACGUACCAAACUAUUACCCGGAAGCUCUUUAUCAAACUGGACUUGCUAGUACUGAUAAUCAGCCUGAUCUAACCUACACAAUGGAUGUGGAUCCAAAUAGAAAUUACUCCAUUUGGCUGCAUUUUGCAGAGAUUGAUCCUUUAGUCACAGGGGAGGGACAGCGGGUGUUUGAGAUUUUAAUAAAUGGUGAUAUUCUAUUUGAAGAAAUUGAUAUUGUUAAAAUGAGUGGGGGUAUAAAUAGUGCUCUUGUCCUGAACACGACGGUUGCUGUUAGUGGGAGGAGUUUGACAAUAACAUUGCAACCUGUAAAAGGCAGUCAUACCAUAAUCAGUGCCAUUGAGAUCUUUGAAAUUGUCAAUGCCGAGGCCAAAACUUUAAUAGAUGAAGUAAGAGCUCUACAUAAACUGAAGAGUGCAUUGGGUCUUCCUCUUCGUUUUGGUUGGAAUGGUGACCCAUGUGUUCCGCAGCAGCACCCGUGGAGUGGAGUAGAUUGUCAAUUUGAUAGUGCUAAAGUCAAAUGGUUCAUUGAUGGACUAGGUCUUGACAACCAAGGUUUAAGAGGAUCUUUGCCUGAUGACAUAUCCAAGCUAAGUCAUCUACAACAUAUGAACCUGAGUGAGAAUAGCAUCCAGGGGCACAUUCCUUCUUCACUAGGAAAUAUUGCUAGUCUAGAAGUACUGGACCUUUCAUACAAUUUCUUCAACGGAUCUAUUCCUGAAAGCCUUGGAGGUCUGACAUCAGUUCGAAUAUUGAAUCUCAAUGGCAACUCUCUCUCUGGGAAAGUCCCAGCUGCAUUAGGAGGAAGGCUUUUGCAUAGAGCAAGUUUCAACUUUACUGAUAAUAGAGGUCUUUGUGGGAUACCUGGACUACCAACUUGCGGGCCUCACCUUUCUGCUGGUGCAAAGAUUGGGAUCGCCUUAGGUGCAUGUGUAGGGCUUCUUCUAAUUGCCACUUGCUUGACAUGUUGGUGGAAAAGGCGCCAGAACAUCCUUCGAACUCAGCAAAUUGCAGCAAGAGGCGCUCCUUAUGCAAAAGCAAGAACUCAAUUCACCCGUGAUGUUCAAUUAUCAAGGCAUAACAACAGUCAUGACAAUGCUAGAACUGCAGCGGAAAAUGGGCCUAUUCUACUUUCUUGAUCACAACUGUCCAUCCCGUUACUAAAGCUGAAAACUUAAUCAUCCCCAGAAAGCAUAUACAUACACACAUUACCACUGUAAGCACGUUGAUGUUACGAGUUAUCUUGGUUUUUUUGUUGAUUGUUUAGUGAGGUUGGCUAUUUCAACCCUGGAAAGUUGUAGUUGUAGCAAAUAGCUACUCUAGGGUUCUCCAUUGGGGCGUUAACAGGGUAUUAAUGAAGAAGAUUGUAUAUUAUCCUUUUUUUCUGUUUAUUGGAAAGUGGUUUGAGAAGGUCUUCACUUCA